AUGUCACUAUUAUCAUCUUCUAAGAAAAACGUCAAGUACAACGUGUCGUUGUCGUUCCAGGAGCUUACCAACGUUCCCCAGCCGGUGGGGUCCUGUGUGAUCAAGUACUUUGCCUCCUCCAGCGCCACAAACGACCUCAAGGCCCUCAAAAACAAGCCGACUCCGCCCUGUAAGAUCCUGAACUUCAAAUGCCGCAUCAACUAUGAGACAAAGUUCCGUUCCACGUUGGCGAUCAACGCCAAGUCAGGCAAGCUCGCCAAGGAAAAGAAGUUGGUGUUGCUCAUGUACUACUCGACUACCGAGGGAGAUGCUACUGUGCAGGCUCUUGGACGUCUGAAGUUGGAGUACAUGGGCCGUGUGGAAAUUAACUUGUCUGAGUUCCUUCAUGAUCACGCCAACCAGGCAGAGACCCACCGUUACUUGCUCCAGGACGCCAAGGUGAACUCCAUUUUGACCUUGAAGCUCGGGCUCACACCUGUAGACGUCUCUAACUCAUUAAUUGGGCUGUCUCCUAGCAGAACUUCUACUAGCAACUCCAGCUUCGUCUCUACCAACACUGCUAGCGAUAAUGACAGUGCUCUGGGGUUGCACUCAUCCUCUUCCGGAUUGCUUCCUGAUAAGCGGACCCUCCGAACUUCCCAGUCGUAUGGCUCGGUUCCACCGUCCCCGCUCCUGGAGGUUACCUCAGAUUCAGGCUCGGCCUCGCGCCAGCUGACUUCUAAACCCCACGCGUUGAAACACGCGCUUAGCCAAUCGUCGUCCCCCACCGCUUCCUCGAUCAACGAGUCGGACAGCAGAGCGUCAUUGGACUCGGCCCGGAAGGGGAUCUUCAUUGCAAGCGCUAAGCCGCUGAUCCACCAUAAGACUCAGUCUCCAAACGCUGACGUGGUGAAGCCGCUCAUCAUCGACCCUAUCAUCAAUAAAUUCUACAACAAGAUAUGCGAUAUCUCGUGGGACCAGCGACAGGGCGAGUUCUCGCCACAGGAGUGUGUGGAUGACAUCUUCAACGGAGGCACCGGCUGGGCCAAGAAUGAAGAUGGCGUUUAUUUGAUCGACCAAAGGCAGGCCGCAUCUGAUUACGCAAACGAGUUAGAAAAUGAAGACCACCUCCCAUGGCUCGUAGGGUCGACGACCGGCGAUGAUACCAAGGAGUUUGCGGGUGGCUACAAGUACAGGGAUAACGGUAAAACGGGUUUGGUAUACGAAGAGGGGGUCAGACUGGACAUGAGGAGCUGGACUAUCAAUUCUGUGUCUUGAGGAAUAGAAAUGGGUAUCCAAAGUAUGGUAAAGAUUAAAACGACACGUUUGGUAUAAUGCCAAGGGACGUUUUCCGCUUUGAGCCGCCCAAGCGUUAGAAAGCCCUACAGGCUGUAUAUAAAGUAUGGUUUCGGCAUUGUCCUUCCAGCUUCCUCAGAUGACUGAGGCCCCCAGUUUUGAUUGAUUAUAUGCAUCGUGUGUGACUGCAAAUAUAUUUUCUAAACCACACCUCUUGGACGAGUAUUUUGGCGUACUGUUUAAUAAAUGAAAAAGAGCCAUAAUGGGGC